GAAAUGAGGAGAAAGGAAGAGAGAGGAAAGGAAAUGAGGAGAAAGGAAGAGAGAGGAAAGGAGAGGAGGAGAAAGGAAGAGAGAGGAAAGGAGAGGAGGAGAAAGGAAGAGAGAGGAAAAAGAAAGGAUGUCUAUAAGGGAAGUGGCAAGUACGACCAGCGGGUAGAGGAGAGGAUGAGGGGAGCCUUAAACGAAUACAGGAUAAUUUGAUUAUAUUAUGAAAAAUGACUGUUUCACUUUGCAGUUUGAGUGGCCCAUUUUAGCUGAUCAGGUGGCCCAUUUUACCUGAACACUGCCCAUCUCAAAAAUGGGGGACAGCUGAUGUUUCAACAGCUGUAGGAUCUUAACAAUUAUAUUUUAUUACAUAAAUUCAACACAAAAAUAUUAAAAACAGUCAUUAUUAAUCAUAGGAACACAAUCAAAUGUCAUACAUUGUUUUUUCUUAGUUUCCCAAGUGAUUAACCAAAAAGUGGCCCAAUUUAGCUGAUAUCACCCUGCUUGUGUUUCUCGCGGUGUGCGCCGACACUCAAAACAAACCAACCCUGUUUUACGCGCAGGUGAGCCAGCAGCAAGGAGGCGCGUCACUGGCAAUCUUAUAAAUCGCACAGGUGGCCGCUAAUUGUGCACAGACCUGAUGAGUGCAUGUCUGAUGUGUGCCGUGGGUUAAUGCUCUGUCACUUAGUCGCUGCGUUUCAAUUUUAAAAACAUAUUUUCACAGCGAACAUGAGCGCCGGAGGAGGAACCCCGUAUAUUGGCAGUAAGAUAAGCCUAAUAUCCAAGGCGCAGAUCCGGUAUGAGGGAAUACUGUCGUCUGUCGACACAGAUAGGUCAACGGUUGCGUUAGCCAAAGUUAAAUCCUAUGGGACAGAGGACCGGCACACAGACAGACCAGUGCCACCCAAAGAUGAAAUUUAUGAAUAUAUAAUCUUCAGAGGAAGUGACAUCAAAGAUAUCACUGUGUCUGAGCCACCAAAACCACAUCAUGGACCGCCUCGGGACCCUGCUAUUGUACAGUCAUCCAUUGGCAGCUCCUCUGCAGCGUAUCACCCACGCUGGAGUUCAUACAGAGACAUGAUGCCCACCUACAACCAGCUGGCUGCUACCUCGCUACUCAACCAGCAGUACAAUGCAGCACUGGGCCUCGUACCAGGUCUUCACGGCAUCCCCGCUAGAAGAGCUCCCAUGGUCGAGCAGGCUGUGCAGACGGUGCCGUUGGCUGCUGCUGCCCAGAGAAAGGGGAAGACUUCAACCCAGCCGCAGAGCAGACAGCCUGCUCGUCCAGCCCAGCGCUCUGGCCAGGCUCAGAAGGAGAAUGUACCCAGCAGUAAGCAAAGUCGGACACCAUCUCAGCCAAGUGCAGCCAAGGUUCAAGGCCAAGGCAGCGAGAACCAGAAACAAAGGCAAAAACAAGGCAAUCGUAGGUCCAGGAACCGAAGCAGAGGCCAGCUUCUGGUAAAAAACUCCAAGGCAACAACCCUGCAGUUUGAGUCAGAUUUUGAUUUUGAAACUGCAAAUGCACAGUUUAAAGAUGAUCUCACAAAAGAAGUUGUGGUUGAAAAGGUGAAUUCUGGGGAGGCCCAGGAGAGCCAGGGUAUGCAGGAGGAGGACACUGUUGGAGACAAGUACUACGACAAAGCCAAAUGCUUCUUUGACAACAUCUCAUCAGACCUUAAGCCCAGAAGAACCACCUGGGCGGAGGAGAAAAAGCUGAACAUGGAAACCUUUGGCGUGCCCGGCCGAUUCCUGAGAGGCCGAGGAUUCAGGGGCCGAGGGCGCAGAGGGCAGGGCACCACUGAGCAGCGACCCCUCCCAAAAGUUGACAGUGGGAGGGUGUGAAGGCUGUUCUUUUUCUUUGUCUUUUUGUUGAUAUUUUUCUGUAAAUAUUGUAGUUUUCUACUUAUUUAAAAAAAGUACCUCCCUUUUUUCCCCAUUUGAAGAUUUUCCUUUCUUUAUCCCAAAUUGGCAUUCAGGGAAUUUUGUACUUUGAGGCUUUAUUAUAUGAAAUGGGAGAGCAAUUUGUUUUAAUCAAGCAGCUGUAUGCUAGAGGCAAAUGUAUUCAUUGGCAGUUAGUUUGGUAUAAAUGCAAAGUGGAAUUUGUCUUUGACCAGGCCAGCAGGCACAUAAUUUAUUUUUUUGUGGCUUAAUGUAUUAUAAUAUUCUACUCGACUGUCCAAAUGUAACUCCAAAUUGCUUUUGGAGGACAGCUGUACUUUACUUUUUUCCCUAUUUGGAAAGCGAAAACUGUGGGGGACUUUGUAACAGUUGCUAUUAAAUAACAUAUGAUUAACAGAAUGGCU